AUGAAGAUUCCAGCUUUUCAUGGUAAAAGUGAUCCAGAGGCAUAUUUAGAGUGGGAGAAGAAGGUAGAGCGUGUAUUUGAGUGCCAUAACUACACCAAAGAGAAUAAGGUGAAAUUGGCAGCCGUUGAAUUCAUCGACUAUGCUAGUGUAUGGUGGGAUCAAUUUACCUCUACUAGGCGCAGAAGCGGAGAAGGUCCUGUUUCUUCAUGGUUUGAGAUGAAAACAAUCAUGAGGAAGAGAUUUGUACCACAACACUACUAUAGGGAGUUGUACAAUCGAUUACAAAGGUUGAAUCAAGGAUCCAAUAGUGUUGAAGAAUAUCACCAAGAGAUGGAGAUGGCAAUGAUUCGAGCCAAUAUUGAGGAGGAUAGGGAAGCUACUAUGGCACAUUUUCUUUCAAGUUUGAACCGUGAUAUUGCUAACCUUGUUGAGUUGCAUCAUUAUAUAGAUUUUGAGGAUAUGUGCUUGGGAUACGGACAUAGAGCUGCACAAUGUCCAAAUGCAAAGGUGAUGACCUUACGCAAUGGGGAGAUGGUGAGUGAAGAUGGGAGCGAGGAUGAUGAUGACUUGAGUGAUAUACCACCAUUGAAAGAUGUUUCAGAAGAAGAGGGCGAUGAACCAACCCCUAAAGGACCAAUUUUCACUUUGGUUGCAAGGCGUGCUCUAAACAUGCAAGCUAAGGAGGAUGAGGUACAACGCGAAAAUAUCUUUUAUACUAGAUGCAUGAUAGAUAAUAAAUUGUGUAGUAUGAUUAUUGAUGGUGGUAGCUGCACUAAUGUUGUUAAUGCUGGUUUAGUUGAUAAAGUGGGGUUAAAAACAACUAAACAUCCUAGACCUUAUAGGUUGCAAUGGUUGAAUAACAGUGGGGAUAUUAAGGUCACGAGGCAAGCAUUAAUUUCAUUCUCUAUUGGGCGUUAUCAUGAUAAGGUUUUAUGUGAUGUAGUACCUAUGCAUGCUAGUCACAUAUUAUUGGGACACCCUUGGCAAUAUGAUAGGCGUGUUAUACAUGAUGGGUAUUUUAACCGAUAUUCAUUCAACAUGAAUGGUAGACAUGUCAACUUGUUACCUAUGACGCUUAAAGAAGUAUACGAAGAUCAAAAAACUUUGAAGGAAAAAGGAGAGCAAGUAGAGAGGAUGCGCAGUGAGAAAAAAAUUCAUGAGAGUGCACAUGCAAAAGGAGAGAAUAGUGUACAAAGAGUGGCAAAAAAAGAGGUAAAAGGCAAUUUUUAUGCAAGAGGGAGUGAGGUUCGAAAGGCUUAUUUAACAAGGCAGCCUUUAAUACUAUUAGUAUUCAAGGAUGCGUGUUUAUCUUUUGAAUCUAACUCAAUUCUCUCUUCUCUCCCUAGUUCUUUUCAAGCUUUGUUACAGGAAUUUGAAGAUUUGUUUCCCAAAUCCAUGCCUGAUGGUUUGCCGCCAUUGAGGGGGAUAAAACAUCAAAUUGACUUCAUUCCUGGAGCACAAAUUCCAAAUCGCCCAGCUUAUAGGAGCAAUCCCGAAGAAACAAAGGAGUUACAACGUCAAGUGGAUGAGUUGUUGUCAAAAGGGUUGAUUAAAGAAAGCAUGAGCCCAUGUGCCGUUCCUGUUCUAUUGGUGCCAAAAAAGGAUGGAUCAUGGCGUAUGUGUGUUGAUUGUUGCGCCAUCAACAAAAUCACUGUAAAGUAUCGCCAUCCUAUUCCUCGUUUAGAUGAUAUGUUAGAUGAAUUGCAUGGUGCACGUAUAUUCUCUAAAAUUGAUUUAAUGGCUAGUUAUCAUCAAAUUAGAAUGAAAGAAGGAGAUGAAUGGAAAACUGCCUUUAAAACAAAAUAUGGUUUAUAUGAGUGGUUAGUGAUGCCUUUUGGGUUAACUAAUGCUCCUAGUACGUUCAUGCGCUUGAUGAACCAUGUUUUGCAUGAAUUUAUUGGCAAAUUCGUUGUUGUCUAUUUUGAUGAUAUACUUGUGUAUAGCAAAUCACUUAAAGACCACAUUUUGCAUGUGAGAUCUGUUUUUUGUGUUUUGCGUGCGUUAAGGCUAUUGAAUCUUGGCCUACACCUCAAAACGUUGGGGAUGUUCGAAGUUUCCAUGGCUUAG